AUGGAUGCUAAGGAUGCAAAGUACUUGAGGGAUAGGAAGUACCUUAGGGAGUUGGUGUUGGAGUGGAAAGUUGAUGAUACUCAUGCUUUAGAAAGUCAUUUGAUUGUACUUGAAAGUCUUCAACCCCAUUCAAACUUGAGAAGCCUCUUUAUCAAUGGUUAUGGCGGUAAAAGUUUUCCAGACUGGGUAGGGCAUCCUUCAUUCUCUAAUAUAUCAUCUCUUCAUCUAAACAACUGUAAAUUUUGUUGUAGCUUGCCACCACUUGGGCAACUACCCUCUCUGCAAGACCUCUCUAUUGUUGGGUUGAAUGGAGUUGUUACAGUAGGUCAUGAGUUUUAUGGCAUUGGAUCUUCUUCAAUGCAGCCAUUUGGAGCCUUGAAAGUUAUAAGCUUCAAGAAUAUGUUGAACUGGGAGGAAUGGGUUUCUUUCGACCCCGGAAACGCAUGUGAAGCUUUUCCUAAUCUUAGAAAUCUAAUAAUUCAGGACUGCCCUAAUUUUACAAGUUUUCUGAAAGAAGGAUUGUCUGCCCCCAACCUUGAAGAGUUCCAGAUCAAGAAAUGUAGGAGUCUUCAAUCACUACCUGACAAGAUGCACAUACUUCUUCCCUCUCUUGAGGAAUUGCAUAUAGAAGAUUGUCCAGAAGUUGAGUCGUUUCCUGAAGGGGGCUUGCCUUCCAAUUUGAAUACAAUUUCCAUAUCCAAUUGUGAUAAACUCUUAGCGAGGCGAUUGAGAUGGGAUUUGCAAAACCUCCCAUCCGUUAGAAGAUUCCAAGUCGUUGGCCAAUCUGAAGACGUGGAGUCAUUUCCCGAUGAGGGGUUGUUGCCUGCCACUCUUUCCCAUCUUCGCAUCGAAGGCUUUCCAAAUUUGAAGUCUUUGGAUAAGAAGGGGCUUCAACACCUUACUGCUCUUGAAGAAUUGAAGAUCUGGAAUUGCCCUAAGCUCCAAUGCAUGCCAGAAGACGGGCUACCUCCCUCCCUUACUACUCUAAAUAUCUCCUCUUGUCCUUUGUUGGAGAAAGAGUGGGAUAGGAAAACAGAAGAAUGGCGCAAGAUUGCUCACGUCCGACAUAAAUGGGUUAAUGGUCGUCUAGAAUGAAAUACAAACUCCACUUGUGUGCUCAUGGAUUCAGUUGCAGAUGGUCAAGGGCUCCUACUCACUUCUUCUCAACGGGUGCACCCUCUUCAUCUUUGUUCGACGGGCUUAAAAGGCUCCUCUGAGAACCCUGAAAUGGUGAACAUUCUUUUGAGAUGUCUUUUUGCUUUGGUGGCAAACUUCUCUGUUGUAGGUGUUCCAACUGGCUGGCGGUUCAGAGGUUUAUGUACACAACUUAGUUACUGAAGACAGUUUGAUCAGUCAAUUGGCAAAAUUGACUGAUACAUCUUUCUCAAAAACCAUAUGGAUUUGAAGAGAGUGUUGACCCAGCGUUUGAUGAUGGUGCCCGACGUGCUUUAGUUGUUGAAGAUUACAAGGGCCAAGGGGGUAGUUGCACAAUGCAUAUCUGCAAGUAAAAUGACUGAUGCUUUUGGGGUGCAUCGUUUUGCAAGAGCUAAAGUUUUCACUGAAAAGAAUGGAGUAUGCUCUGUGACACUCUUGCUUCUCAACUCAUGAUUGCUGGUGACACAUUUGCCGCUACUCUAUGUUACAUGUGAAUGAGAAAUAUUGAUGAAACAAUGGAAAUUUGGUCAAGUAGUUCUCGAACUGAGCACAAAGGCAAGCUUGGUACUUUACAGAUACAUUUAAACUUGUAUAUUCUUUCAGAGAAGGCUUAUUUGUUUUU